GAGACUAGUUGACGGGACACAACAAUGGAAACCUCCGUAGUCGUUGGAUCGUUUCUUGUUUAGUAUUAGUCAUAAUUGUUUUUAUUCAUCUUUCGUUCAAGUGUGCGCGGAUUUUUAUUCGUUAUUGCAUAUUUGUUAAAUGUACAAGUACACAGUUAAGUCAUUAUCUUAGGAUUAAGGAUGAGAAACAGUAAAGCCAAGAACUCAAGAGCAUGUUUGGAACAUUUCAGCGACGAGGGUGGAUAUUUCGACGUUGUCGUACGACCAAUGUUACAACAAGGACACGAAGGAGAAUUAUGUAGCUGGUUGAAAGAAAUGAGUCUAAUUCGUACAGAUUCCAAUUGUCCUCAUUUGGAUUGCAAAGGACGGAGUUUAGCAUGGAAUCCUGCAAGAAUUGUUGACAAAUAUAGUUGGUCUUGUCCCAACUGUCAAAGGAAACAAUCCAUAAGGGAUAAUUCCUUCUUUUUGGGAAUAAAAUGUGAUUUAAAAAUGUGCCUUCAGCUGAUACUAGGAUGGUGUCAAAGAAUUCCUUGCGAAAUUAUCGCUUCUUAUCUAGAUGUGAAGAAACAUGUAGUUAGAAAGAUAUACGAGCGGUGUGACGAAGUUUCCGCAGUCUAUGUGGAGAAGCAUCCAGAAGAUUGGUUGUUGGGUGGAGAAAGUGCAAUAUUGAUCGUGGAUGAAUUUCCGAGCGGCUAUAUGACGGAACAUCAAGUGGAUAUAAAUUGUGCAAGGAAACGCAAUAACAAUUCGCACAUCAUCAUAUGUAUAGCAGAAGUAAAUACUAUACCAACUCGUGUAUGGUUACAUAUGAUCGAAGCAGUACCAGAGCCGCAAAAGAUGGAGAAGCAGCGAACAGGACUUGACAGGUGUAACAUGGUGGAAGAAGCUUUGAAGGAAAUGGUACGACACACCGUACCGGGCAGUUACAUAGUAGCAAAUAAUCGCGCAUAUUGUUGUAGUUAUGAAUCUUUACAAAGCUUAAAACAAUACAAAGUUAUCAGUGUGGAGCAGCUGCAGAAAUUUGAUUCACCUGGUAAAAGGAGACUUCAGGACAAUCUUGAGACAAUCUGGCAAAGCGCCGUCGAGGUCUGCGAAGAAGUUCAAGAAGCUACGCACACUUUAGGCCAACAUAUCAUCGCGAGACAUUUAUGGAGACAGAAAUUUGGUAUGCCGCCUUCUACGGCGUUUCAGUACAUGCUAAAUCAUAUCGCGGAAAAAUAUCGGUUCUCCCAAGGUUAAGCAGAGAAAGGGAGAGAAAGAAAGAAAGAAAGGGAGAGAGGGGGAGAGAGAGAGAGAGAGAGAGAG